AUGCCGGAGCACGACGCUCUCGUUGCGACAUACUCCCAUUUGGCGGACUUCCCGCGGGCGAGCGAUGCGUUUAGAUCACUGAAGAAGGUGGCUUCUCUGGUGAAGCCCAUCAUGCGAGUGCGAGGAUGGAAGGUGCAAGAGCUUGCUGAGUUCUACCCAGACCAAGCAAACCUUCUCGGUCUCAACAUCAACAGGGGCCAAAGGAUUCUGGUCCGUCUGCGAUACCCCGGUGACCGAUCCCUCUUCCUACCUAUAGAACAGGUUGUCGACACCAUGCUUCACGAGCUUUCCCAUAUUGUGUUCGGGCCACAUGAUGGCAACUUCCAUGCACUUUGGAAUCAACUAAGAGACGAACACGAGGCACUCAUACGCAAGGGUUAUACAGGUGAAGGCUUUUUGUCAGAAGGUCACCGGCUGGGAGGUGGCCGGAUACCCAUGCACGAGGCCCGCCGGCUUGCUCGGACGGCCGCUGAAAAGCGUCGUUCGUUGACAGCCGGUUCGGGACGGAAACUCGGUGGUUCUGGUCCUAGUAUAGGCUCGGACAUCCGGCGAGUAAUAGUCGGUGCCAUCGAACGCAGAAAUAGCACUCUGCAAGGAUGUGGCAACACGAACCACAACGACCGAGAAAUACAACAAAUUUCCGAGACAGCCACAAGAAACGGCUUCCGCACCCAAGCCGAAGAAGAUGCAGCCAACGAAGCUGCCAUCGCGCAGGCGCUGUGGGAGCUCGUACAAGAAGAGGAGCGUCAACGCUACGGCGGUUACUACAUCCCGCCGAGCGCACAGAACCCCACCGGUAAUGGCGGCGGUUCGGUCAUGGGAGAUGACGGGACCAGAAGCAAUAGUGUACCCCCUUGGAUCCCGGGACCGGCGACUAGGCCUCGGUCGUCGCCAAAACCUCCACCAGUGCCGAGACCCGAGACUCGGCCGCCGGUUGUUUCUGCACCGGCACCCCGGUCGGCUCCGCAACAGGGUUGGACAUGCGGGGUCUGCACACUUCAUAAUACCGCUACGUUCCUCUGCUGUGACGCGUGUGGCACAGAGCGCGGCCAGGAUGCUCAACGUCAGGCGUGGACGCCAAAUGCCGAAAAGCGCGAGCGUCAGCGGGCAUCAGUAGCCUCGACGACGAGAAAGUCAUCAAGGCCAGAGACGAUCGACCUUACAAGCAGCCCGCCAAGGUCAAACGGCACCGGCAGGGCAAACGGCGGUAUCCGUCAACCCCUGGGCCCAGCUGUAGAAAAACCGGCAACUUGGCAAUGUUCAUAUUGUGGAACGGUGAUGGAGCGGCAUUGGUGGACAUGCUCAACCUGUGGAGUCAUGAAAGACAAUUCACGCUGA